AUGAACCUAAAACAUUCAAAAUCCAAACAACAAGUUUCAUCUCCAUUGAUUUGUCGUAUAUGUGGUGAUACAGCACGUGGUCUCAAUUUUUCAGUUAUUUCAUGUAUGUCAUGUAAAAUGUUUUUUCGACGGCAUGCACAAUCAUCAUUAUUAAAACAACGAUGUCGUUUCGAUGGUAAAUGUAUUAUAACACGAAAAACCCGAAAAUGUUGUUUACCAUGUCGAUUACAACGAUGUUUUCAAACUGGAAUGGAUAUACAAUUAAUUCGUCAUUCUUAUGAACGAAAGAGAAUAAUUGAAUUAUCAAAGCCUAGCUCUCUUAGCCUUCUUGAUCAAGAUCGUUCAACAUUAACGUCAGAUGAAUGGAACCUACUAUCGAAUAUAACUCAUGCUUAUGAUGACCAAAAUCUAUUUACAAAAACAAACGAGUUUUUUAAAAAUCAAGUUUCUUUACCACCUAAACUUCGUUCUAAAGACUCGAAUACUCUUAAUUAUAUUGGAUCAUUAUUUGCUACUAUGCAUAUAUUUAUUGGACGUUAUCCUUUAUUUCAAUCUCUACCUAUUAGUGUUCGUCAAGAAUUAAUCAAACGCAAUUUAAAUGCUGUUGGUGGUUUUAAUGGAUUUUUUCUUGCUAAACAAAUGAAUGCAUUUGAAAAUGAAAUAUAUUCAAAAUUUAUUGAUAAUAUCUAUGGUUAUGGAUAUUCAAAUAGUGUUAUUAAGGCAAGUCGACGUUUACAACAAAAUGGAACAUUAAUUAAAAUAUUGUUAAUGAUUAUGGCAUUUUCAAGUAACUGUGCUCUUGUUACAAUAGAUUAUAUUGAAAAUAUUCAAAUAAUAUUGAAUCCAAAAAUUUUCAUAUAUAUACAAGAUAUAAUUGUAACAAUGCUUUGGAAAUAUUUAAUUUAUCAAUAUGGUUUUAAUGAAGCUACAAUCAGAUUUUUAUCAUUAAUUCAAAGUAUUUUAGAUAUGAUUAAAAGAAUGGCUGAUGGUUUAAAUGUACAAAAACAUCGGAAUAUGAUUGGAAAUGUUGUUAAACAAACAACACGUUCAUUAGAGUUAGAAAAUGGUUCAUUGCAAAACUAG